UCGGCCCCCGGGCCUCCGCUGCCAUGGAGGGAGCCGGGCCACCUCUGCCGCUGACGGAGCCGGACUCGGGCGGCGCGUGCUGAGGGGCCGGACUCGGGCGGCGCGAUGGAGUGUGCUUAAUUGUCCCGGCACUCACCUGCGAAACAAGAUUGGUACCACUGGACGAGGAGACCUUGCAUUCAUCUGUCCGUUCCGUAUCAGUACUGGAAUGAAACUGAAUCUGUAACAUUCUUCUCAUUCUCGCAAGGAUUUGUUUCCCCUUGCCCCUCCUGCGGAGACUUGGGGCGGGGUGUCUCGGAAGGGUGGAGUGCCUUACCCAUCAGGAAGGGCACCUGGUUUGGUUUGCUCUCCACUUGUGGAAGCUCAGCUGUAGGAUUUCUUGGUUUUUCCUCUGGGAGUUUAUUCCACUAGGAUAGACAAUGCCUUGAACGGGGACAGCGCUUUCCCACUCACCAGCCCUACAAACCGUUCACCGGGGAGUUCAGCAGAGGUGGCGAAGGCGACUGGGGAACUCACCAUGGCUGGGAGUGGCUACACAGACCUGCGAGAGAAGCUCAAAUCCAUGAUGCCUUACCGGGACAAUUACAAGGGGGGCGGCACUCGAGACCCUGCCGAAUCUCCCUAUGGAGGCGCAGGCGGAGCUGCAGAGCGCAAGCGGAAGUACCACGAGGAUUCCGAGUCGGAGCCCAGCGACUGCGAGGAGCACCAGCGGGAGGAGGAGGAAGAGGCCCAGAAAGUCAAAAGCGGCAUCCGGCAGCUCCGCCUCUUCACCCCUGAGGAAUGCGCCAAGAUCGAAGCUCGCAUUGACGACGUGGUCUCCAGGGCUGAGAAGGGCCUUUAUAAAGAGCACACGGUGGAUAGGGCCCCUCUCCGGAACAAGUACUUCUUUGGGGAGGGUUAUACGUACGGGUCUCAGCUGCAGAGGCGAGGUCCCGGUCAGGAACGGCUGUACCCACGUGGGGAAGUGGAUUCCAUUCCCGAGUGGGUCCAUGACCUCGUCAUCCGUAAGCUGGUGGAGCAACGGGUCAUCCCCGAGGGCUUUGUGAACAGUGCGGUGAUCAACGACUACCAGCCUGGGGGCUGCAUAGUCUCCCACGUGGACCCCAUCCACAUCUUUGAGAGGCCUAUUGUCUCGGUGUCGUUCUUCAGUGACUCGGCACUCUGCUUUGGCUGCAAGUUCCAGUUCAAGCCCAUCAGGGUCUCUGAGCCGGUCUUCUUCCUGCCUGUGAGAAGAGGGAGUGUCACUGUGCUCAGUGGUUACGCAGCUGAUGAAAUUACACACUGCAUUCGACCACAGGAUAUCAAGGAGAGGAGAGCAGUCAUCAUCCUUAGGAAGACCAGGCUAGACGCUCCCCGGCUGGAGACGAGAUCCCUGAGUAGUUCUGUGCUGGUGCCAGGGUAUGCCUCUGACCGCCUGUCAGGAAGCAACAGGGACCCCAUCCUAAAGCCAAAGAGGUCCCAUCGCAAAGCAGACCCAGACGCUGCUCACCGACCUCGGAUUCUAGAAAUGGAUAAAGAGGAGAACAGGCGCUCGGUCCUCUUGCCCAAGCACAGGAGGCGGAGCCAUUUCAGCUCUGAGAACUAUUGGCGGAAGUCUUACGAGUACACGGAGGACUUUGACGAGGAAGAGGAGGACGGCAGUCCAGCUCGGAAAGUGAAGAUGAGGCGGCACUGAGGGAUUCUGUUCUUUCACCCCCCACCCCUUCCAACAGAGAUAUUUGAGCUGAUGAGACUGGCCUUCAGGCUGUGAAAUCGCAUCUUCCCCCACCCCUCCUCCCUUCCACCCCCCUUGGCUAUUUCUCAUCUAGCUUCAAGGUUGUAUUCUCCCUCGCCCUCACCCCCCACCCCUUUUACGCUGAAGAAUGGAUCUGGAACGGAUCUGGCUUUUUUUUCCUUUUUCCUUAAAGAGAGGCAGCGGUGCUGACCAGGUUGUAUCUGCAGCCACCUGCCCUCUUCCCCUCUGCUCCCCCACCCCCGGGCAGUCGCUCGCGCCCCUCGAAAGCGUGGAGCAGCAGCUUGUCUUUAAAGGGGCGGGGAGAAAGCUUAUGUUGUUCUUUGAGGUGUUUGGGCUGGAGUGGUUUUUGAAGAUGCCAAAAAAAAAAAAAGUGGUGCGUUGAGUUUGCUGAAGGAGUUGAGAAUAUUCGUUUAUGCUCUUGGCGCUGCUGCUUCUUGAAAACGUUACAAAUACAGCGUUUCUCCUUCCCCACCCCAAUCCUCACACUACCAACUGCGUGGUGAAAUGCUCUCCGUAUCGGCACCCUGCUCCGCUCCACACCAAAGGGCUCCUGAUUUCUGAAGCCGACGGCCAUGUGAAUUUAUUUUCCUCGCAGUCAUUUCAAAAGCCGCCUCCCUCCGGCAACUGGAAAUCUAAAGCUUUGCGAACACCUCUUCUUCUUCUUAAUUUUGUUUUUUUGGUGACACCGGAUGACAAAGCGUUUAGGACGUGUUGCACUUUAGUGUCAGGGUUUAUCGCCCCCUCCCCUUGAAAUGCCAUAUAAUUCCCCCCCCCUUCCCCCAAACCCUUACUUGCUUGGGCUAGCAAGCACCUGUGUUUUCUGCGCUGCUAAUGGAAAAAAAAGGAUACAGUCGUGUUUUCUCUUUCUGUGAAGGAUACACAGUGGUUCCACAUUGGGGCUGCUGCUUGAGGGCUCAUUGAGGGGCGGGAGGGGGGCAACUCUUGGAGGGGGAGGAGCUGCUUGGCUGGAAACCUCAGAUUCUGCCGAAUCCCUCACACUAACAGCAUAGGGCCCAUACCUAGCAUUUUCUGUAUAAACAUAGUUAUUUUGAAGACAUUUACCCGCUUUGUUUCGAUUGAGGCUUUCCUUCUCCCCGCCCUCCUGGAAAACCAGACUUUCCGUCUCUCUUUACACUUGAAAACGAUGCUUCUGUGGCGGUUGUCCAUUCUUAAAGGUAGAUGGCUCCGGGCAAACGCUCACCAUCAGGAAUCCAGACUGGGCGGGAGCUGUGUCUGUGUGGGGCAGCCCUCCUCCCUUGGUUCUCAACAUGGGCAGACUCCCAGUGACUUGGGUCUUGGGAUCAGUGAAGCAGGAACGUUUAGGCUGCCCCAUGCAGAAGGCGGGAAUAGUGGGUGAAUUGGCAUCCUUUUCUGCUUCUUCAGUGACUUCAGGCGAUGGGCUCCCCCGGCUCCUGGUCUUGCACCAAAAGCAUCUUGCUAAAGGCAUGUCAAGACCUCAUGUUUGGAGCUGCCAGCUGGCCUCUUAACGUGCUUCAUGCUUCUUUCCUGCUUGAGGCCACACCCAGAAAAGCACAUCCUGUUGCCCCCAAAGAGUUCAGCUUUUAAAUGUUAGGUCUUCUCCCCAAUGGCUGUAACCUCUCUCUCUCUCUCUCUCUCUCUCUCUCUCUCUCUCUCUCUCUCUCUCUCCUUCCUGCUUUGUCCCAGCCUGGAAGAGUUUUCAGUGUUCAGGAACCAGGUCAGAACCUGGGUUCAAAUCGCCUAAAAAUCACCCUUAUUUUUUUAAACCACACACGAGAAGCCCAGCUUUCUGAACCAAAAAUCUGUGGUUCAAAAUGUCCGCUCUUAAGUAUCUUGAACUUCAUUUGUUCUUCUCAACUCUCAUACCUGAGGAAUUCUCUUUCUCUCCCCACCAACCAGGUCGCACGUGCCUUUUUGCUAUGAUCUAUAUACCUCAUAACCAUCAAAUUACCUUAUGCUUUUGACGGGCGAGGAGGUUUAGACCCCAAAUCCCCAGACACUCAUUGCCUCCUGUGCUUUAUUCAACAUGGGCUGAUGCUCACCUCCUCUAGAGCUUGCUCCGCUGGGAUGGGCCAACCCACCAUAUUGCUACAACACGUAAUAUAAUUAUUAUUUUUAAUAAUUUGUCUUCGCUCCUGACUUGCCACCAGAGUGGAACCUUUUUGCUUUCAAAGAGUUAUGGCUUCAUCAUAACACCAGUUUUCCUUCAAAGUUCCUUUGGGCGUGUGGGCUGCUCCCGCUUGCUAGUUUGGUGGGGCAAAUGUGUUGAGCUUGGCUGUUCCUUGCUCCUUCGCCACAGGUGAGGAGGAAGCAGGAUGCAGGUGGGACGCCAGAUUGCCAAAAGUUCCCAAAAUACCCUGGUCUGCAAUGCUAGGCUGUUUCUGCGACUGGCAGUGCAAGAAACAUCAAUGCUUUUUUUUGCCCCUGUGAAGGGAGCACAUCAACCAAGAAAAUGGAUGUCGGUGCUUUGACUAAUCUUAAGGACUGAAGGGCUUUAGUAGAUUUGCAGCCUUCGAACUCGGCAUCCCUGUCAGUUUAGUGUAUUUCCCACCAGAAUUUGGGUUUUAUUUUACUGCAGAGUUUUUUGUCGACACCCCACACCACUAGUUUCGUUUGACCCGCUCCUCUUAAUUGUUAGAAAACAGGUUUCAAUUUUUGCUUUGUGAUUUGCCAUAACCGAGAUGAUGUUGACUCGAGGGUGAGCAUUCCAGAUCUGAUUUUUCUCCCGUAAAGAAGGCCUUUGCUUCUCUGCGCCCCUGCUGCAUCGGCACUGAACCGACCAUACGGUGAGCAAGGAGGCAAAUGGGUGAAUCUUCUUUUCUCUUCUUCCCCGCAUCCCACCUUUGGUGCCAAGCACCUGGUAACCUUGGCGGAAAGACAUAUAGGGAAAAAUGACGCCGCAAUAGUUCUGUUGGCACUUUCUGGUUCUUGCACCUGUUUUAAAAGUUCUGGAUUUACCUGUCCAGAAAAACCACUGAGGCCAGGGCACUUGCCAGCUGCCUCCCGAAAAGUUAGAUUUUCCUGGAAUGUCGCGAAGGAGGGUAAAAGCCAGGGGCUGGCAGGUACUUUCUCCCACUUCCCUGCAGUUUGCUUUUCUCAGGCACCAUCUGCUGUGGCGAUUGACCCAGUUCUAAGGCACAGUCUGAUGGGAUUAAACAAAAAAAUGAAAAAAGCUACCCCGUUUCUGAGAUUGAAAAGUGUUGACGGAUGCCUUGGUUCCUUGUUUCUAAUGCUGUUAGUGUGAGGUUUGAUGGCAGCCAAUCACUGGUAACAGGAUCCAGCCACAGCCCCUCACCCAGGGUCAGGCUGCUUUUGAAAUUUUGAGGUUUGUGUGGUUUGGGAUCUGUUUCCAGUGAUUAGCUGGGGGUUUUUUGUUUUGUUUUGUUGUUUUAAAAAAGCACCAAGUACGGAUGUGCUGGAGCCUGAAGGCAAAACUUGCUCCAGAGCGUUCCUGGGUUUCUCUCCUCCUUGCACCUCCACCCCCCUCUCUUCCCAAGCACACACUUAAAAAAGAAAAAGGAAAAAAAAAGUUCUGGCUGACUUUUUUGUGUUUUUUUUAAAUGGAAAAAAAAUCUAAUUUUUUGUUACAAAUAAAAUAAGUGGCAAUAUUUUUUUCUGUAAUUUUUCAUAGGAAAAAAGUGUGAUUUGUAAAACCAAUUGUACAGUUCUGAAGUUUGAAAUACACAAAAUCGCCGUACUGCGUGGCACGCUGUCAAUGGGGGAGGGAGGGGAAGGGAGAGAUUAUUUUCCGUACAGUACAGUGUAUUUGGGGAGAAAUCUUUUAAUUCGGGUUGAUUUAGGAAGAGCUAUAGUUCCCUGUCAGGGUUUGAAAUUUCUUUUUUUUUCUUGUAUAGAAUGCUGCAUUUAACUAAAUAAAAGCCGAAAGCAUCA